AUGGAGACGCCAAUCGAGGGCGCUGAGGAUCUCUCAAAGCAGACAAAAAUUCGAUACGGUACACUGGCAAAAGGAUCAACAAUGACGUUCUUUAAUGAAUCAAAGAUUGAGACGUACGAGCGAAUGUGGAAAGCGAUGAGUGAUGGUGGCGGCACUUUUGUACAGAAUAGUCGAGAGGGGAUACAAAGGGUCAAGAGUGAAGUUUACGCUUAUCUAAUGGAAUCAUCGAUGCUCGAGUACGCGGUCGAACGAGAUUGCGAGUUGACACAGGUUAGAGGAUGGGGAAGUUUCUCA